UUGGCGUCGCGUAGGGGCUGGGUAUCUCUCUCUCUCUCUCUCCGCUAAGCCCCGGGAAAGAAAAGGAACAAAAAAGAAAAGAGACACACACAUAUAUAUAUAUAUAUAUGUGUAUAUAUCGGUGUUUCAGGAAUGGCGAGACAAAGGCGUUGAGACAACUUUAAAAAAAAAACCCAGUAUGAUUUAAAAAGCCAGAUCGCUCACCAUGGCCAUAAGGGAGCUCAAAGUCUGUCUUUUAGGGGACACGGGAGUUGGGAAGUCCAGCAUUGUGUGCCGGUUUGUGCAAGAUCAUUUUGACCACAACAUAAGUCCAACAAUAGGCGCGUCGUUCCUUACCAAGACGGUGCCAUGUGGAAAUGAGCUGCAUAAGUUUCUGAUCUGGGACACUGCAGGGCAGGAAAGGUUUCAUUCACUAGCUCCAAUGUACUAUCGAGGAUCAGCUGCUGCUGUCAUCGUCUAUGAUAUAACUAAACUGGACUCCUUCCAGACCUUGAAGAAGUGGGUGAAAGAGCUGAAGGAGCAUGGUCCAGAGGACAUCGUUGUAGCCAUAGCAGGGAACAAGAACGACCUAGGAGACAUCAGGGAAGUGCCUAUGAAGGAAGCAAAGGAAUUUGCUGAGUCUAUUGCAGCUAUUUUUAUCGAGACCAGCGCCAGAAAUGCUGUCAAUAUUGAGGAACUCUUUCAGAAAAUCAGUAAACAGAUCCCGCCCCUGGAAAACCCCGAGGGCGACAGCAACGAGUCCUUCAAACUCACCCGGCAGCCCCCUCCGUCUACCCGGCGAUGCUGCUAGUCCUGGCACGGCUCUUAGCUCCAGUAAUACUGACCCCUCCCUCCUUCUCUUCCUCCUCCUCAUCGCCUAAGUUUGCAGUCCACAAUGCACAAAAAGGUGUCGGUCCACCGGAAGAGAACGGACAGACAGACAGACAGACAGAGUGGUCAGCUUGCACUAGGAGUCAUCUAAAGCAUUCACUCAGCAAAACAACCAGAGAAAAUGAUUUGAUCAGUUGCGCCGACAUUUUUCCAGACACCAGUUCAUGUGCAUUCCUUUCACUUGCUGAUCGUGCUGGCUCUAAUUAGGAAACCCAAUACAUGGUCGUUAGUUUGUCUCCCUCAGGUGGUCGUUUUGGUGAAUUACAAUUUACAUAAGCAUUUGUACACUUUUUCUGCCAAGUAUGCUGCAUAAGAAUGGCAUAUGUAAGACACAGUAGUAAGUGAUGCAGUUUUUUUUGGUUAAGACACGUUUUAUCCCGUUACCCAUCAUAACUCACGAAUAAUGCAAUACGUCAUCUAGUUGAUCUAGUUGAUAUGGCUUUUUUGAUAUAGAGGGUUUGGCUCACUGGUGCGAUCACAACUUCAUUUUGCAAGUCAACUGCUCUGUAGAUUCUGUCAUUACACUGUGGCACUUUGAUGGCACACUUUUCAAAGAAGUUUUUGCUGGCAAGGAUUUUGUAAAGGCUGCAUUUUUUUGGGAGCUGUUGUGAGACGUGUAUCAUGCGCGUGUGUAGAGUUUCAUUUGAAUGUUUGUAUGAGAGGCUGUCAACGUGUGGCCUAAGAAUAGCAUAUAUUUCCAUUAUUGAGUGGCAACAGCUUUGCGUUCCAGCAUGUUGUGUAGCAUUGCACGCUGGCUGUUUAAAGGGUUUAACUGUAAUACUGCAGAAUAACCAGCUCAACCGACUGAUUCAGUCCUUAUUAUAGAACGACACUCUGUUGGCGUUGUUGUCGCUCACUACCAGCUUUGUUUAUAUGCCCCAGUUAUGAAAAAAAAAGGGUCAAAUCCGAAUAGGGACAUGAGGUGAAUGGCACAAACUUGAGAUUUUUAGUCAGGUACAGCUUUGCUGCCUGCAGCGUAGCCCCCUGUAUCGGACCACUAGAGACAUUUCUAAUUGCACUUUUGCAUACGGUAAACACAGUAUUAUUAGAAAUAGUGUUGGUUACAUUGUUUUUGAAAUGUCCAAGUAAUUACAGUGUUAAAUUCUUGACAGUUAUUUUGACUUACAUAAAACACUGAUGUGCCAGUGAAAUUAUAUUUUAUGGCUAAAACACGAUUCUUAAUAACCACAUUUGUGGAUUUACAAAUCCGCAGAUCAAAUAAAAUGUUUACAGUUGUACUUUCUGGUUUAAGAGAUGUGCGAUUUUUACUUCCCAUAUUUUGUAUGAUAGCAUAAUGGAUUUUUAGUCAGUAGUUUUAAGCAAUUGUUUCAUUUAACUCACGAAUGACUGGCAUUGUGGUCCAUGCAGCAAAGCGUAAAUCUGAUAAAGUCUGUUGCAGUUUGCACAAACGGAUUUGACAGGAUUACCUGUUGUCGUCUGAUGAGAUUCUGAUUGACCUCGGCAGCGAGGUUGAACACCACUCAAGUGCCUUUUGUAUACUUUUCUAAAUAAAUUGUGUGUGACACAACGGUUAGGAGCAUACUGCUUGGUAGAUGUAUGUAAUCCAAGUCUUAAUAAGAAUAUUGCUGGCAUAACAAUUUUCAUCUUCAAGACUACCAGCUAUACAAAGCCAUCCUUAUACUGUAUGCCCGAGUCAUGCUACCCUGUAUUAUUUUGUAGACCAGAUUAACUAUUGUACAUUAAUCUGUGUAAUAAAAAAAAAA